CAGAGGAGAAAAUCUGUCAGAGUUGAUCGACCAUUCGAUUGAUAGAUUCACUUUUAAUUGCAAUUUCUCGCGAAUUGAUUUUUCCUUUCUCUCUGUAUUUGCCUUACAUUCACCGUGUGUGUCCGUUUAUGUGCGUUAUAUUCUCACGGGAUUGCUACGUAUUGGAGUCGAAUUGAAAUCUCAAGACCCCGUUCGGAUGGUGCCCUUGAAACGAUUAUCGAAUUUUGUUUUGAUCCAUUAUAAUCUCACUGCGGACAGUGGCACAGCGACUCAGCUGAAUAGCAGCAACCAAUAACAGCAGGAACAACAACAAGAAAGCUAAAAGAGACGCAGCGAGAGGCGUAUCGCAAAAACGCAACAUAGUGGACAACGACAGCGAGACGAAAAAGAUGAUGUGUCAAAGUGAAAGAGCUGCCUGUGCAAUGGAUGAGCUUUUUUCUUGGUUGGAAUAAAAACAAGCAUCCUUUUUCGGUACACAAAAACAAGGUUUCGCUGCCCCGUCUCGUCGUCAAUACGGAAACUACACUUUGUGAUUUCCGGACUUUCCGAAAAUCGAAAACGAUAGUGCGUUUAAAUGAAAAUUAAAUGAGAUCGUCUGUAAGCUAUAUGUUAUCGCAAGGACCAGGAGACCCGAUAAUGGCGCAUCCCGAUUACGAGCAGCAUCACUAUCAUCACGGCUGUCUGCUAAUUUUGGUGCGUGGAAUUGGACCCCUGAAGCCGCGUUCGUUGCAGCGGGUAUUUGAGCGGAUUCAGCGAGUGAACAAUGUCAAAAUUCCAGACUCGUCGGGAAUCACGAGAGAUAUUUGGGUGCGCUACAUCCGUGACCAUCCGGUGGAGAACAACGAUUGGGGGGAUUUUCAAACCCAUCGUAGACUGCUAGGUUUGAUAACGGUGGGAAAAUUCGACUAUCAGAACGAACUGAAUGAACUGUGCAGGGUUCAUGAAUCGCUCAAAGUGAAAUACACAAAUACGUUAUUCGACUCGAGAUGUCUACUGUUUGGACCAAGCAGAGAAGAGCUGCAGAAAAUUGCGAGCAAUUUGGAGGAGAAAAAGGAUGCAACCAUCGAAAAUUGCUUCCAAACGCCGUCCAAUUUUAAAAGCCGAGCAUUUUUCUAUCCGGAGAACGAUCCAUGCUCUAAUCUGGAAACAAAGAUUUCAGAAUUCAUUACUUCGUUAUACUACAUCUUGGAGUUGAAGCGUCUCGAGAAAAGCCGGGAAAAGAUCGACAAGGUGCCACUUUUGUUGGCACCGUUCGAGAAGAAAGAUUUCGUUGGACUAGAUCUGGAAAGUCGAAACAACAAAAAGCGCUGCGUCGGUCGAAUGACCAAGCAUCUAGCGGACCUGACACUCCAAGCUGGCCUGGUGGCCGAAUCGCUGAGUCUUUUCCAAACAGCGAGUGAAACCUUACGUGCCAUAAGCGACUCGCUCUGGUUGGGAGCAGCAUUCGAGGGACUUUGCGCUGCUUCCGCUAUUAUACUCUAUCCCAACUUUCGCUACACAAUGUCGAUUCAACGAAACUCUAGUCUACAGGAAAAUGCCUCUUCGCCACAAAAAUACAAUCUUGCUAGGAAUCAACUACUAACCAAUAGCUACAACGGUGAUGCUGCGGGGUGUAAUCUCAAGCAGAAAAAGACAGACAUGAUCAUUAAUCUCAACUCGGAAACUGCCUCGAUUCCUGAUAAAACAUCCGCCUCGUCAAAUUCGUCGGCGUCGUCAAUCAGCUCAACGUUCUCUUCGGCUUCCGGUGGAAGCACAGCAAGUGCCAGCUCGUCAUCGUUAACCGAUUCCGGGACACUGGGGAACAAAUCGACGGUUUCGCAAAAAUUUCCACCGAAUAUUCUGCAGCCGGCGGAAAUCCCUGCUCGUUAUAGGGAAGCUAUAAUCAACUAUAGUAAAUAUCGUAACGCUGGAAUCAUAGAAACGGAAGCAGCUCUCAAGGCGGCCAGAAUUUGUAUCGAACAAGGCAAGAAUUUGGAUGUGGCCAUGUUCCUUCAGAAUGUGCUUUACAUCAAUCUUAACAUGAGCGAACAGCAGCGAGUGCGGAGGUUCGAGGUGCUCACGGAUUUGUACCAGAAGAUUGGUUACAACAGAAAGGCAGCCUUCUGUCAGAGGCUGGCCGCUUGGCGCCAUGUAGCCGUCAGUAACUCCAAUCCAGAUUGGGGCCAGAGCUAUCGGUUGAUGUUGGAAAGUUUCUCCGGGCAUAAGCUGUCGCUGGAACCGCACGAAGUGCUGGAAAAUAACACGGGUUGGCCUGUACUUCAAAUCGAUCUGCUCCAGCAGUUGGUGGGAACGGCGCGAAGGUUGGGCCAGUCCGCGUUGGCAACGAGGCACAUGACUUUUUUGCUGCAGACUAUGUGGAAACAUUUGACACCUCAGGAGCAAAAGGAGACGGCGUUACAGUUGCAGAAUUUGAGUGCACAGUGCGAGGGAGCUCCGGUGCCGCUGGUGCUCGAGAACGGAACGGUGAUUCCCCCGGCCAAUUUGACUGAUUUGCCGCUCUGCAGCCAGCUGGUGGUGAAGGACCAACCCUCGCAUUUGAGGCCUUUGAAGAUUGUAGUUUCGAAGGUUGACAGUGGUCCAUUUUUGUUCACGCCCAUCCACUUCAGUUCGAUCGACCGACGUCAGGCCAAAGACGAUAGCAAAAUAACCUUCAAUUGGGUCCAGCAUGAUGUGUGCGAAGUAAACGUGAAACUGACCAAUCCCCUUCCGUUCGAGCUGCAGGUGACCGAUAUUCGUCUGCUGACAACGGGAGUCGUUUUCGAAGCGUUUCCCCAAACGGUAAUGCUUCAGCCGAAUGUUCUGACCACGGUAGCCCUGCACGGAACUCCCAUCGAGAAGGGUGAGUUAGAUAUCAAAGGGUACAGCACUCACACGCUGGGCGUGAAAUCCAAUUGCCGUCUGAAGUAUAUGCUGCACCGCAAGCAGCGCAAUUUGCCUUCGCACUACCAGUUAAAUGUGAUUCCCGCGCUUCCAAAGCUAGAACUUAAGACAAGCCUCCCGCAGACGGCGACAUUCAGUGGGAUGCCAAACGCAGACUGUGUCACCACAUCGGCCAGCAUUACUCUGUACAACGGAGAGCUGGGGGAGUGCACGGUAACUUUGACCAACAGCAGUAAUAUUUUGAUAGAAUACAUCGAGGCCGUGUUUCACUCCAAUAUGGAUGCGAGUCUGCAAGAUCGGAUUUUCCAGCUGUCGUCUGAUGAGAUAACAUCUAAGCUGCCCAUCAGGCCGAAGGAGAGCAUCGAUUUCAAGUUGCUGAUUUACGGUGAGGCAGACUUUCUGGGUGCCGUUGCGACCGGGCAACAAAUGUAUUCGCAUUCAUCCCAUCAGGAUGGCAUGAAUAGUGCCGGACCUCAAAGUUUGACUGUGUCUCACAGCGGAGGAGUGGCGGGCACGUUCAAUGGCAGCGGGAAUCCGAGUAUUCCGAGUCGAAUCAGUUCGCCGACCAAUACUCACAGACGCAACGAUCCGCUGAUGUCCAGCUUCAGGUCAACACAUUCAGGACAUUCUUCGUUGGCUACGUUAAGCAUGGGUAUCGCAACAGGACACAUUCCGAGGCAAUUGGAAUCACAAUUGCGGUUCAAAUACUCCGGCGGAGAGGGUUUACAGGAGGGUUAUUGUCGGCAGUGUGCAAUCUCGUUCAACCUUGAAUUGCUUCCCAGUGCGCAGAUCACUAACUGGGAUGUACUCUCGGCUGAAAUCCCUUCACAAUUCUACUUGGUGCUGGACGUGGUGAAUCUCACCGCUCAGGAGAUGUCCCUCAACUAUACAUCUAAUAAAACAAUACUCAUUGAGGCUAAGGAAAGCUGCCGCGUGCCAGUACCUGUGGAUCGAUGUCCGCUCCAACGUAUUAUGGCUUCAAUGGAGCAACAGCUUCAAUCGUUGAACAGUACCUCGGCGGAUGCUCAUCCGAGUAUUCUUAGCGGGGUAGGUGGUCACACCAGCAGCGAUACUGCCGAUCUCACGGAACGUGUCUGCUCGGAACACAUCGCCGAGAACGUAAAUCUGAAGUGGUCUCUACCGGCGCUGGACUGCAGCGGGAUUGCUUCCCUGAAGGGUAUCACGCUAGCGCCAACCAUGCUGGAUCUGGUGACGGUAUCACCAUUGCACUGGGAGGUCAAGAUCGACGACCAACAGGUGGCGCCACAAUCGGAGGUGACAUGUGUGACGGGACAGUUCAUAACGCUCAGAAUUGGCAUUUGCAAUCUCUCCGCUUCGGUACUGCACCAUGUGCAACUCUCGAUUCAGUUCUACCAGGACUACCAGAAUGGUCACCACAAUUAUCGUCUGGAAACCCGUGUCACGAUGACUGGACCGAAUCAUACCCUCAUACCGGCCUUAAACAAUAACGAGAAAGCGUUUCACGAGUGUUCGGUGAUAUUUUUCACUCCUGGUCGCUUCAAGGCAGACAUCCAGUGUCGAUCACUGGACUCAACAGGAGAUGCUGUUGCCAUGGGCACUACUCCGGCUGCUGCCGCCGCCGCAGCGACUUCGCCAUCGCACGUUUGGCGAUUUAUACCCCCUGUCGAAAUCACGGUCAUAGAUCAGUAAAAGUCAGAACAGAACAAGUCGGAACUAAAAGCGCGAGUUAAACAAAGAAAUGUUUAGGGUUGGUCAUUUUUCAUCAAAUUUUGAGGAAGCUAAAAAAAAGUUGACACCCAGGUUCAGUUAAUAUACAUUGAGGUCCUCAAACGGAUUAGGUUUAUACGAUGUUUAUUUUUUUCGCAAUUCGUUUUUUAUAUAGUUAUAGGUAGAUGCUUAGUCGGUAAGGCGUUGGUAAAUUAUUGGAAAGCAGAGCAAUAUAACGAUGAAAUUAUGUGGCUUUCGCCCGAGACGGAAGCCGCGCGACGACGAAUAGAACGUAACCCCGUUAAACAGAAAGGUAUAGCUUUUCCGCUUACAAUAUUUCUCGUUGAAAUGAUUACUAUGAAUACGCAUGUGAAUCAAAGCUACGUACAGUAAAAUGAAGUUAUUAUUUCUUACGUCUUUUUACAUUCGAGACUCCCUCGCUAUUAUGAUUUUGUAUUCUAGCAAGCAGGGACACAUAUAUGGUAGAUAUUAUGUAUUCAAAUAUAACAACAAUAAACUACGCAAGAGCAAACAGAUGAGCCAACAUACAGUAUAAGCAUUAGAGGAACUAUAGGACGCUGUAAGAGCACUCAGAUUUUUGUUACAAUGGAAAAAUGGAUGUUAUUUAUUAUUAAAUAAAUGAAAAAAACGGAAGCAAAAGUGAUCGUAUCAGUUGAUUGGAUAU